AGUGCCAGCACGGGAUUUGAAGUCUAAGUAACUCGUUCUCUGCGAGCAAUUGAAACAACCAGUCUGUAACAAUCAUUAACUGGGUUUAGUCCAGCACAGUUGGCUACUUUUCGCGUGGCUUAUUAGCCUGACCAUGGUGGAAUUAUUUGCAGGUAAAACUCUUCUUAACAAAGAAGGGGAUCUUAUUGACCCAGAAGAAGCUCUCAGGAAUAAAGUAGUAGGAAUAUAUUUUUCUGCCGGCUGGUGUCCUCCGUGUCGAGAUUUUACCCCUAUUCUAUGUGAUUUUUACACGGAACUUGUUGAGGAAAGCGAGCCUCCUGCACAGUUCGAAAUAGUUUUCAUUUCUUCGGACAAAUCGAGUGAUGAUAUGGUGGAGUAUUAUCAUGACAUGCACGGAGACUGGCUGGCCCUGCCCUGGACGGAUCAAUACAAACAUGAAUUAAAGAAGAGGUUCAAUAUCACUGCGGUCCCUAAGUUGGUGAUUGUAAAGGAGAAUGGGGAUGUUAUCACCGACAAGGGAAGGAAACAGAUCCGUGAGCAGGGCCUAGCCUGCUUUAGGAGUUGGUUGGAGGUGGCCGAAGUAUUCCAGAACUUUGAAGCUUCCUAGAUGUUCUAGAUAACACCAUUCUAAAUUCUAGAGUUUCUUCCUGCUCUUUUUGAAGAACAAAAAAACAAUAGCAAUACAUCUGCGCUACAAAGGUUUGCACUGCUAUAGUUAAGGCUAAUGUAUAUGUGUGGCUUAUAUUUGCAGAAUAUUUAUUAUCAGUUGUUUUACUAUUUUUAUAUUGUUUUAUAAGGCAAAAAUAAAUAGUGUGAUAU